AUGCACAUUUUUUUGUAAUUCUGCUUGCCCAUACGGGAUGAUCAGUGUACCCUGAUGAUCAGUGUAGCCCCAGCAGUGCCACCGGUCAGUGUCCAUCAGUGCCAGCUGUCAGUGUCACCCAUCAGUGCCAGUCAGUGCCACCUAUCAAUGCCAAUCAGUGCCACCUAUCAGUGCUGCCAAUCAAUGCCACCUAUCAGUGCCGCAUAUCAGUGUCAGUCAGUGCCGCCUAACUGUGCCAGUCAGUGCCACCUAUCAGUGCCAUAUAUCAGUGCUGCCUUUCAGUGCCCAUCAGUAAAGCCUGUCAAUGCCCAUCAGUGCCACCUACCAGAGCCUCCUCAUCAG